GGGGGCGCCCGAAACCACUGCCUGAUUGCCCUCCAAUUCCCACUUGUGGCCUUUGGGUGGAAGGAUCCGUCUUUAUAGCAACCUUCCUUCCUCCUGUCUUCGUCGCUGCCUGGCUGCCUUCGCUGCAAGGAUUUCAUCACGCUCGAGCAAUGGCAUGGAAGAACACUACGUUGAUUUUGAAAGUUGAUCUGGAAUGCUGCCGCUGCGACAAGAAGAUAAGGAAGAUUUUGUGCAGGCUUCAAGAUGAAGUGCACAUCACGGCGAUCGCCUUUGACGAGAAGAGCGGGACGGUGACGGUCUCCGGCGUGUUUGACGCCGAGAGGGUCUCGAGGAAGCUCAAGUGCAGGGCCGGGAAAGUGAUCAAGAACAUCGAGGAGAAGAAACCAGAGGAGAAGAAGAAACCAGAGGAGAAGAAGAAAGAAGAGAAGAAACCAGAGGAAAAGAAGAAAGAAGAGAAGAAACCAGAGGAGAAGAAGAAAGAAGAGAAGAAACCAGAGGAGAAGAAACCAGAGGAGAAGAAGAAACCAGAGGAGAAGAAACCAGAGGAAAAGAAG